GCGCAAUCCACCAGGCGGCUUAAUUGGUUUCUUGAAGGCUGUACUAAGAAGGUGUAGUGAAAAUCCGGUUAUUAAGAAAGCAUUUUGUCCAUCUUCAUUUCUCCGUACAUUAACUACAAUUUAGUAAUACGAAUAAAUCAAUAAAUAAGAGAAUUUUUUUUUAAUAUUUAAAACCAAUGCAAGAAUAUAAACUUGUUGUUUUGGGCAGUGGAGGUGUUGGAAAAAGUGCCCUAACUGUACAAUUUGUUCAAGGAAUUUUUGUGGAAAAAUAUGAUCCAACUAUUGAAGAUAGUUAUAGAAAACAAAUCCAAAUUGAUGAUAGACAAUGUAUGUUAGAAAUUCUUGAUACAGCUGGUACAGAACAAUUCACUGCUAUGCGUGAUUUAUAUAUGAAAAAUGGUCAAGGUUUUGCUUUAUGUUAUUCAGUUACAUCACAAUCAAGUUUUAAUGAUUUAAUGGAUUUAUAUAAACAAAUUCAACGUGUUAAAGAUAAUCAAAAUUUCCCACUUAUACUUGUUGGUAAUAAAUGUGAUUUAGAACAUGAACGUGUUGUAGCUAAAGAUCAAGGACAAUCACUUAGUCGACAAUUUAAUUGUUCAUUUUUAGAAACAAGUGCCAAAGCUAAAAUUAAUGUCAAUGAAAUAUUCAUUGAUCUUGUACGCCAAAUCAACAAGCAAAUACCACCAGUGAAACAGAAAACAUCCAAACGUAAAUGUAUCAUUCUUUGAUUAUUUAUAUAUCUACGUACGUACGUACGUUCAUCACUUGUCUCUCUCUCUCUCUCUAUUCUCUUUUAAAGUUCUUUUAUCUUAUCUUCUCUUAUUCUUGUCUUGUCUUGUUCUGCUGUGUGUUGGUGUUGCUUUUUAUUCCAGACCAAAAUGAUCAAUACUAAUAAUGAUAAACACAAUCACCAUAGAUAGGAUCUUAUGCCUCUCUUUGUGUGUGUGUGUGUGGUGUGUGUGUAUUUGGGUGUAUGUGACGAGUCAAAAACUCGUGUUUAUUCUUCGGGUUAAGACCAUCUGGUUUCUCCUUUUUUUCUUCUGUGAAUUUUGACUUUCCAUACACACACGCACACACACAC